GCUGGCUUUGCUGCGCGUCCACACGAGCGAAGCUGCGCUGUUCCCGGCUCGCGAGCAGGAGGAGCGCCGCUGCCGCCCGUUGCCCGGCGAGGGAUGGAUCGGGGCCAGAGGCCGCUCAGGUUGCAACGCUGAAGCCAUGAAGACCCUCAUCGCUGCCUACUCCGGCGUCUUGCGAGGUACGGGGUCCGGUAUCCUCUCGGCGUUCCAGGAUCUGUCCUGGCUGUCUAAGUCUAAAGUAGAGAAGCAACUGCAGAUCAUCUCGGUGCUACAAUGGGUGCUGAGUUUCCUCAUCAUGGGUGUGGCCUGCACUGUUAUCCUCAUGUACAUUCUCUGUACGGACUGCUGGCUGAUUGCAGCCGCGUACCUGGCCUGGCUUGUGUUUGACUGGAACACUCCGAAGAAAGGUGGGAGAAGAUCAAAGUGGGUCAGAAACUGGGCUGUCUGGAGAUAUUUCCGGGACUACUUCCCAAUCCGACUUGUAAAAACCCACAACUUGGCGACGCACAGGAAUUACAUAUUCGGUUACCAUCCGCACGGCAUCAUGGGGCUGGGCGCCUUCUGCAACUUUAGCACGGAAGCCACGGGCGUGAGCCAGAAGUUUCCUGGGAUCCGGCCGUACCUCGCUACGUUAGCCGGGAAUUUCAGGAUGCCCAUUUUGAGAGACUACUUGAUGUCUGGGGGUAUUUGCCCUGUGAACCGGGACACCAUAGACUACAUCCUUUCCAAAAACGGGAGCGGCAACGCCAUUGUGAUUGUGGUGGGGGGCGCUGCCGAGUCCCUGAACUGCGCCCCCGGCAAAAACUCGGUGACCCUGAGGCACCGGAAGGGCUUUGUGAAGCUGGCGUUGCGCCACGGAGCGGAUUUGGUUCCUGUGUAUUCCUUUGGCGAGAACGAAGUCUACAAGCAGGUGAUCUUUGAGGAGGGAUCGUGGGGGCGCUGGGUUCAGAAGAAGUUCCAGAAGUACAUUGGCGUGGCCCCUUGCGUUUUCCAUGGGCAAGGACUUUUCUCCCCCAACAGCUGGGGGCUGCUGCCAUAUCCCAAGCCCAUCACCACUGUCGUCGGGGAGCCCAUUACCGUCCCCAAAGUCGAUAACCCGAGCCAGAAGGAAGUAGACCUUUAUCACAGCCUCUACGUCAGCUCUCUGAUCAGACUCUUUGACAAGCACAAGACGAAAUUUGGCCUGCCGGAGACGGAGGUCUUGGAAGUCAACUGACCGCCACGGGGAGGGAACCGGGGGCUUUUGCUCUUGCGCUUUUUUUGGGCAGCGAGUCGCUUGGCGAAUGCGGCGUCCAAAGACAAUUCUCUGCCGGAGCCCAAGUUGUUUUCUGUGUGUGUUCUGGUCUGCGAAUCGGGGAGGCGAGCGCGGGUGCACGCGUGAGCUUUAAAAAGGAUAAAAGGAAAAAAAAACAGUUGUCUAACUAUCGAAGCUUUAGACCUUGCUAGAAACCAUUGUAUUUUCUCUUUGGGACAGAUCCGCCCAGAUCCAGCAAUGACACUUGGUUUUUAAGUUCUCCCCGAAGGAAGGCACUUCUUUUGCCUUUUGCUAUCUGUUAGACAGUGUCGUUGAGCUUGGAGCCGUUGGAAGCUACCCCAAGUUGACUCAAGCUAUGGGCCCAUGUAGCUCAGCACUGACUGCUCUUUGCUGACGUGGCUCUGAAGGGCAGAGAAAUCCUUUCCAAUUGGAGAUCACUAGAGAUUUAAGUUAGGAGUUAGCAAGGCGUGUGCUUUGCUGCGGAGCCUGGCUGCCUCCUAAGUUUCGCUGCUUGCAAAACCAAAAGACAGGGUGGGGUGCAAAGCACUCAUUUUGGGAUGGAUGUUUUCCCUGGCCCUGAAUGUUACGCUGCCUCCUACUGGUGGCACCGCACAAUGCCUGAAAAGCAUCCCCAGGGGAUUAGAAGAAUCCUAGAACGGUAGAGUUGGGACCACGAUAGUCGGGAAACCUUUUGCCCAGUGUGGGUCUCGAACCAGCGACCUUGAGAUUAAGAGUCUCGUGCGCUGCCAGCGGAGCUACGCAUUGAAUGUAGCAAGUGUGAACUGACCGCUGCCUCGUUGGCACGCUGAAAGAGUUUUGCUGUCUUCGGUGGCACAUGGGUUGUGUGUGGAGUUAGACCUCGGCCCUCUAGGCUGAGGACUCUGUGUUGUGAGCAGCCGUGGGGUGGUGGAAUACGAGAACCCCACUAGCCGGUGCCCCUGUUUAACCCCCACCCUGUGUGUGAUUUUGUGCAAGCCGAUGAUGGGCUCGUCCACACUGCUGCAUGUCACGAGCCUAGAAAGCAAGUAGGCUCCCGUGGUUUUCCAUUCGCUUUUCCCGGGAAAAGGCUUCUUUGCCUCUGAAUCAGAACCAAUGGCAGGCAGUCUGUAGAAAACCCUGUUGACAUUGGCUCUGAUUCAGUGGUAAAUGGAGGGUUUUUUCCUGGGGGAAAGCAGGAGCGUGGACAAGCUCUGUGCGUUGCACGAUCUUUUCCUUCGUACUGACUUUUUACAGCAGAAGGGAAGAUGGACCAAAGUGGUUAGGAACAAAAGGGGAUGAAAGCAAGAGUGUUUUGGGAAGCAAGUCAUACCAACCACGGGCCGUUUCUGGAUUCUGAAUCGCCCAUUUGCAAGGUUUGCCGUUUCAGCUGGAGAAAGCAGGUUGCUAGUCCUCAUUAUUCCAUAGAAAAGACGGACAUUGCACGGGCCGCUCCCUCCGAUUCCUGGUUUUGCAAACCCCAGAGCCCACAUUUGUUUGUUCUGCAAUCCACACUCAUUUCUGUGUCCACACUGGGUUUUUCUACCCUUUGCAACUUGUGCUGUAGCAACUCCUAUUGGUACAUUACUGCUUUUUCCAACAUACGUUUUGUAGCACAAGGGGGUUUCUGGUUGAGAAAUGCCCCUCCUGAAAGCACAGACAAUGCAAAUUCUGAGUCUUUCGUCCCAUUUCGCCCCCACCUCCAUUUAUACCAGGCAUCCCCAAAGUGCGGCCCUCCAGAUGUUUUGGCCUACAACUCCCAUGAUCCCUAGCUAACAGGACCAGUGCUCGGGGAAGAUGGGAAUUGUAGUCCAAAACAUCUGGAGGGCCGAAGUUUGGGGAUGCCUGAUUUAUACCUUCUUGUGUAAAAUGAGGCUGGGAACCAAAGACCUCCUCUGAGAAAGGACCUUGCUGGUCCCCACAAAUCUCCUCUCUCUGGCUCUUCUCGUGUUGUCUUUCCUGGUGUCCUUCUGCGGAGAUCUGGCCUGUUUAAAGACAGCGAUAUUUUCAAGCAAAAUCAAGAACCGUCAAUUGGCAGGCACAACUUUUGUGCUUGGAAUGAGCCACAAUUACGCUACGCUGUGUGUGUGUGUACGCAUGUGCGUAUGAGAGAAUGCCCGGGUUGCGAACGUCUUUUCUACAGUGAAGCUACAGGGAGCCAGCGUGGCGUAGUGGGUAAGAGCGGUGGACUCGUGAUCUGGUGAACCAGAUUCGCAUCCCCACUCCUCCAUAUGCAGCUGCUGGGUGACCUUGGGCUAGUCACACUUCUCUGAAGUCUCUCAGCCUCACUCACCUCACAGAGUGUUUGUUGUAGGGAAGGGAAAGGAGAUUGUUAGCCGCUUUGAGACUCCUUAGGGUAGUGAUAAGGGACGCAGGUGGCGCUGUGGGUUAAACCACAGAGCCUAGAGCUUGCUGAUCAGAAGGUUGGCGGUUCGAAUCCCUGCGACGGGGUGAGCUCCCGUUGCUUGGUCCCAGGUCCUGCCAACCUAGCAGUUUGAAAGCAUGUCAAAGUGCAAGUAGAUAAAUAGGGACCGCUACAGCGGGAAGGUAAACGGUGUUUCUGUGUGCUGCUCUGGUUCGCCAGAAGCGGCUUUGUCAUGCUGGCCACAUGACCUGGAAGCUGUACGCCGGCUCCCUCGGCCAAUAACGCGAGAUGAGCGCGCAACCCCAGAGUCGGUCACGACUGGACCUAAUGGUCAGGGGUCCCUUUACCUUUACCUUUAGGGUAGCGAUAAAGCGGGAUAUCAAAUCCAAACUCUUCUUCUUCCUGUGCUCUUAACAGGUACAGGAGUGGGAGAAAAUCAUGAGGCUUAGCUUUUCCCUGUUAUUGGAGCGCCUAAAAGAGGAAAUCCGCCUUCCAUCUCUUUGCCCGUUCCCCAUCCCAGGGGCCAAGUGCAUUCGGCCCUCAAGGCUCCUCUGUUUGGCCCCUAAGACUCCCCCCCCCAGGCUGUAGCUGCUCUGCAGCCUCAUCUCUUACUUUUGCCCUCCUCUAGUUGCCUGGCUGGAGCACACGCAUCCUUGACCUCUCAUAAUACGUCUUGCUUGUCCGGAUGGAGAAGUGUGUUUGUGUGUGUGUGUGUUUGUGUGUGUGUGUGUCUAGAAACAAGCCUGCUCUACAAAGGUAAAAUUCAGAUUUGUUGCUGUGUCUGCUGUCGCCUCUGGCCCCGGCUACCACUGAUAUAAUAUUGAGGCAGCUCCCUUCAGUUCCACAGGCUAUGAAACAGGUUCCCAGUCUCUGAUUUCAAGCUCGCCCUGCCCUUUCUACCCUUAUUCCAUCACCCACAGGCUUCCCUUCCCCUCCAAGGACUCAGCUCCCCAAAGGUCCUCUGCUCUCUUAAAUUAUUCCACCCUUCCUCUCCGGCUACCCCAUUCGAAAUCCCUCCCAAGAACAUACCCGUGAAGCCUUUAGACCAGGGAUGGUGGGACCUAAAAGCUGGACUCCAUCUCUCAUCAGCCCCAGCCAGCAUUGUCAAAAAACAG